UUUGACACGUCGUCCAAAGAGUCACUCUUCAAAUUGUCCUUUCUUGGCGUUUUGCCCCACCGUGAUCAAGAUGGAUUUAAUCCUAAACGUUGAUUAUUGAUUACUAUUGCAACUUGAAUUGCAACGCUAGUAAUAGUAUUAUCAUGGUAUCAUCAACCGCCAUUGAGGAGAAACGAUAGAAGUUACAUGCACAUGCAAGGGAGAUGACUCCAGUUUCUGACAAUGCCGUCGUGUAAUAUCCACUGCCCAUCUUUGUGGCAUUUCAGCUGUCCCAGCGAUUGCAUGUGUAAACUGUUCAAGCGGACUCGUGCCACCGUCUUCUACGGCACUGUCACUGCCAUCGUUCUCGUCACAUUCGGAGUCCUACUCUACCUUUCACAGAACUUCUUACCGAAAGAAAACCUCGCGCCGCCACCAGUGACAAAAAAGAAGGGACAGGCUCCGGUGCAUACUGCAACCGACCUGUCAAACCCUUAUCAUCAUUACGGCGUAAUCAUCGACUGCGGAAGUAGUGGCAGUCGGGUGUUCGUCUACUUUUGGCCGACGCAUGACGGGAAUCCAAACGAGUUGCUCCACAUUCAUCAUGUGAUUGAUAAAGAUUUGCAACCUGUGAUAAAAAAAGCUACACCAGGUUUGUCAUCAUUUGCCGACAACCCCAAGGAUGCUUACAACUAUAUCAAACCAUUGUUAGACUUUGCCGUGCAGCACAUACCAAAUAGUAAAUACACCGAGACGCCGCUGUAUGUGAUGGCGACUGCUGGGAUGAGGUUGAUCCCUCAAGCUGCCCAAACUGCCAUCAUGGAUAACAUCCGCCUCAACAUCCGCUUAAACUACCAGUUCCUAUUUUCGGACAAUCAUGUUGAAGUCAUCACCGGGAAGCAGGAGGGCGUGUACGCGUGGAUUGCGACAAAUUACGUUCUUGGGCGGUUUCAUCAUGAAGAGGAUGGUAGGUGGCUCGCAUUUUGUAACUACAGCACACCGUUGAUCUCUGUUGAUGUCCCAGGGAAAGAAAAACCCCACGUUAGGAAGAGAACGGUCGGAAUCAUUGAUAUGGGCGGCGGGUCGGCCCAGAUUGCAUUCGAAGUUCCCAAAUCUGCGGGCGUCAACAAGAACCUUAUGGCCGAGUUCAACCUCGGCUGCAAGAACUCCGAUGCUGAGCACACAUAUCGAGUCUAUGUGACAACAUUCCUCGGAUUCGGAGCUAACGAGGCCAGGAACAGAUAUGAACAAAUGUUUGUUAAUGAGACUAUCAGUACGAAAGCUACGCGUAUGAAUGGCUCCAGUACAAAACAGCCAAUAAACGACCCAUGUCUUCCAAAAGAAAUGAAUGACGUCGUCAAACAUGACGGGAAGGAUUACUUCCUCCACGGAGUAGGAGAUUUUCGGAGUUGCCAGCAUAAAAUUCAGCCGUUGUUGAAUAAAAGUCACACAUGUGACUUUCCGCCAUGUUCCAUGAACGGCGUACACCAGCCAAAAAUAGACUAUGCUAAUAGCGAGUUUUAUGGCUUCUCGGAAUAUUUCUACUGCAUGGAUGAUGUAUUGAGGAUGCCGGGAAAAUACGAUUAUAUCAAAUUUGUGAAAGCAUCAAAGGAUUAUUGUGCAACGCGAUGGCCAGUACUAGAGGAGUGGUACAAGAAAAAAUUAUUUCCUAAAGCUUCUAUGCACAGAUUUAAUUUCAUGGAGCAUCUAAGGAAAUAUCACGCAAAUCGUAUAGCCGAUCUGUCGACCAUUUAUAUGUUUAAAAGAUAUCAGUGUUUUAAGUCGGCGUGGAUCAUCGAGGUGCUACAUGAAGGAUUCAAGUUUCCACGGCUUUAUAAAAACUUCCAGUCUGCUCAUCUUAUCAAUGGUCAAGAUGUACAGUGGACCUUGGGUGCUCUUCUUUUUAGGACGCGGUAUUUUCCACUGCGGGAAGUCCAAGAACAAGAAUUUAAAAAGUACAAACCACCAUGGAAGCAUCGUGGACUGGGGCUCUUCAUGAACCAAUAUAUUCUGCUGAUGUGUUUUGUUCUAGUUGUGGCGGCCAUCAUGAUCUAUCUCCGUCGAUUACGGGUGUAUCCAAAACGUGGCAUGAGCCGCGUUCCGUCAGUGGCAUUCCUGCUUCCAAUGCCGGAGGAAGAGACUCAUAGUCAUAAUGAAGAGACGUUUUCAGAAAAAUCCGAAUUGGAGAGAGUUUUCACAAGAUGAUGAUGGUUAGAGAUGAGAAUUUCUAUUCAUAUGUUGUUAUAGUCUUGAUUAUGUUAUCAUCAUCAUCAUCAUCAUCAUCAGCGUAUAAGGAGUGCACAUUACCUGGGAAUGACCUCGGUGGAUUUUAAACAGUGAUGGUCAAAAGAAGCAGUCACAGCGUCUGUUGAUACACAGAGGCUACUACAUGUUGCUAAUAUACUAGUCUGAAUGUGCGUUUAUGCUGCUAACAUUCUUUGGUAGGCCCGAAAUGACCAAAUUGAGAUCUGCCGGUAGUUCUCAUCAAGAGUGUCCAAAAUUGUUGCAAAGAUUCCGUCUGUGAUAAUUCCUGAUUCAUUCAAUAGUUGUGUGACAAUAAUUGCAAAGUUCCACACUUUGAUCUGGAGUGGCGAAUUGGCCCACUAGUUAGAAGUUUAUUUUGAAGACUCUGUUUUUCAGCCAAAGCAAAGUCAUGAGUACAUAAUGGUCUUUAUAAAGAGGGCCAAUUUAAGAGUCCUUACUGUCUUCUUUAGUUGAAAUUCUGUGGGAAGCUGUUUUGACCAGAAGGUAUUAGCGACAUUUGGGUAUGGGAGUAUUAAAAAAUGUAUAAGUUUUGGGGCAUUAUGUAGCAAAAUGUGGGUCAUUUGUGAUCAUUUUCUUGCUAAAAGCAUUCACAUCAUGUGAUUUGAAGUGUAUGGUAAUGUGUUGUAUUUUUUUAAAGUCACAACACCUGCCUGUACUUUUACAGUAUUUAUGUCGCAUUUAGCUAAUAUUUUGAGCAAUUUUGAUAUCAAGGCACAAGGCAUGCAAGGUUUUGGUGUAAAUAAUCUUGGGAAAAGUACUUUUUUCUUUUUGUUUUAAUUCAUUCACUUGUAGAGCUUAUCAAGACGUUUAAAUGUGUUUGUUUGUUUUUUUUAGAUAUGAGACUUUGUCUAAACCUGGUACCAUUAGUUUAUAGUUCUUGGUACUAUGUAUUAACUAAGCAGCAAUUUUCAAAAUUCUCGGGGGGGGGGGGGUAUAAAGGGUAUACCUGGUCAACAUCUAUUGUGAAAUUGAGCCACCUGGGGUAAACCAGUGUUGCCAAUAAUUACAUUUGGGACCAUCUCAAUAACACCUUGAGGCCAUUGAAGCAAAUAUGAAGGGAAAUUAUGAGACUGACAUUGACAACCCCUGGUGAGUAAUAAUUCUCAUCAUUGGCUUCACAGUAUUUUUGAGAUGGUUCCUGAUCAUACAUAACACUGUUGAGCAUGUUGAGAUAAAUCAUCCAAUUAUUGAUUAUUUUUCCAAAAAUGAAAAAUGUGAUGAGUUAUUUAAGAUAAUAAAUAUUUUAUCUU